AUGUGGCGCGUCGAGACAUCUCUUAAAAGAUUAGCACGAGCGUCGUGGCAAAGUCUGUCCCGGCUGACCGGCGCGGAGGCCCGGCCCGGCGCUGAGGACGUAAGACGCCUGGCGCAGACGUUUAAGCCGAUGAAUUCUCGAGUCACGAAAACGGCGUCACCCGCGCAAGCCUCGCCCCUCGCCCCCUCGCCCCCUCCAGCGACCCCUCCCACGCGCCCCUCGGCACGCGCCCCUCGGCACGCGCCCUCGGCGCCACCCGCCUCUCGCCACGCGCACCCUCGCCACGCGCCCCUCACCACGCGCCCCUUCGCCACACGCCCCUCGCCCACACGCCCUCGCCCCCGCCCCAUCCCGCCCCUUGCCCCUUUGGCCUGCAGUGCAUUUCUCCCUUCGAGGCCGUUGUCCUGGGAGCGUCGUGGCCGCCUUGUGUGCGCGGCGGGCGCGUCAGUCCAGCCGAGCCAGCCGAGGAGGCCAGGCAGUGAGGCGGCGCGACGGCAGGACGCGCGACGCAGCGGCGGCGGCGGCGGCGGCGGCCCGUGCGCGCUGAGGGCGUCGUCGGGCGUCCGCGAGGCAGCAACAAGUGAAGCCGCGGCGGCGGCGGCGGCGGGCACGGCGCUGCCGAAGGACCUCGCCGAGAUGGACCUCGUGGGGCUGGUGUGCUGCCUGGCGGCCGGGCUCCUCUACCACAACACGCUGGACGCCGGCUUCGUCUACGACGACAGAGGCAUUCGAUCACAAUGUGGAACUGACACGAUUAUACAACCG